UCCCACCCACAGCCAAGGAUUUGGGGUCCCGUCUGGGUCUCUGCUAUAGGAAGGCAGGAAAGACAAGCUGCUAUGGGCACAGGGAGACAGAUGUCACAGAUGUCACAGGAUGAGCCAAGGACCAAUGGGUGGAAACUGCAGUGUCAUCCAGGAGCUCCGUUCCAGCAGCGGGUGGGACAGGUUUGGGAAGAAGAGCCUGUGCUGAAAGUGACCCGAGCAGACACCGGGCUCAGUGUGGUUCCUACCCAAAGGCAAGGCUUGAGUCUUGAGCUCCUCCCCAGCAGGUGUGUGAGUGUGGAGCAGCAGGGGGCCUGGGUCCCCUCCAGGGCGCACUGGUCCUGGUCCGUGCCUGGCAGGCCCUGCAGCGCCUCGUGUUCCCAUCCUACCCAGGCUCUCCGCCCCAGCCUCCAGCUCAAGCCCCCAGGGGUUGACCAGGUCCCUCCCCAGCCAGAGCUGCCAUCCUCCAGGCUGGGGCGGAGGUGCCCGCAGGCCCCACUCUGCGGCUCACAGUGCUGUCUUGCCCUGGCCUCACCCGCAGGCAGAGACCCGGAAGUCAACCAGGAAGCCCUGGAGGAGUUUGAGAAGGUGGUGGAGGCCAGAGGCCUCAAGACAGACAGCAUCUCCAUCCCCAAGCAGAGGGGUAGGAAGGGCACCGCGCUGCCCGCCCCGGGGUCACUGAGGAAGGGCCAGGCGCAGCUGGCUCUGGGUCUCCUCGCUGGGGCCCGGGAGAUGCUGGCUGACAGAGGCUCCCGGGGUCCUGUGGAAUUCCCGGGGCCCCAACCCUGGUUUUCUCUCUUCAGCAGAAGCCUGCUCUCCAGGAAGCGCCUAGGGCCGGAGAGCCGGGCUCUGAAGCGGCCGUGGCGGCCCCACCGGAGCCCCCCCGCGACACACACCGGCCAGCCCCGCCGCCUGCCUCCCCGCGCCCCUCUCCCGUUCCGGAAUAAACAGCUUCAGCCGCUCCCGGACUCUUCCUUCCUGUCUGUGGGGUCCGGGGAGCCCCAGGGGGACUUCUGAGAGGGGAGCGGACGGGGAAGUGGGCGGAAAGGACCCGAGGGUCCAGCGCGUC